AUGGCAUACGUGUCCAACGACAGGUACACCCGGCAGCUUCUUAUAGCCUUGCGGCACUUGCACAAGUGCGGGAUUAUCCAUGCCGACAUCAAGCCUGACAACAUACUCAUCAGUGCAGGCCACAAUGUCGUCAAGAUCUGCGACCUUGGCAGUGCCAUGGAGCUGACUGAGGUCGAGCCCACCCCGUACCUUGUUAGCCGCUUCUACCGGGCGCCGGAGAUUGUCCUGGCAGCCAAGUACUCCUUCCCCCUGGAUGUCUUUGCCAUGGGCUGCACCCUCUUCGAGCUCUUCACCGGCAAGAUCCUCUUCCCUGGCAAGACCAACAACGACAUGCUCAGGUUGUUCAUGGAAGUGAAGGGCAAGUUGCCGAACAAGCUCAUCAAGAGUGGCACCGUUUGGAAGAACCACUUCGAUGACAAUAUGGACUUCAAGUACUUCGACGUGAACAAGGCUGUCAUUCGCAGCCCCAGACGUUUCAGGAACUCGGGUAUCCCAACUGCCAUGCAGGCCACGCGGAAGAAGAUCACCCGCACCAUCACCGACCUGUCCGCGAAGCGGACGAUGAGUCUCCCGACCAUUGCAGAAGAUGAGGACCGGGUGGAGAACUCGCAAGGUGCAGUCCACUCUGAGGAGGAGGAUCCGCAGAGUAGUGAAUCAGGAGAGGCGUGGCGCCACAAGGAGACCACAGUGCGGACGUCCAAAAGCAAGGUCAUGCAGGUGGCAGGCGCUGAGACGCGCCUGCCCUCGCGAGGUUAG